CCAUUUUUUUUUUUUUUAAUGAAAUCGAUUGUCAGUGUAUUUAGCCUUACUACUUCUCUGAUGCUGAAGAAAUAGAACAGAAUAGUUCCUUCUGGCAAAUCGGCUCCAAUAAGACAUCCACGGUAGUGCCUCCAUCCAUGGUUGCCCUUAGACCCCCCGUGAUCUCACUCCUCGUUCAUCAUCAAUCCCAAGCUCCCACAUCAUCUUCCUCCCUCCUCCCUCACGUAAGUCCUAAACUUCGUUCUCACCAUACUUCCAACAAGCUCUGCUUCGCCAAGCCACUUCCAUGAAUCCUUGAUCACACACGAGUUCCAUCAGACACCACGACGUACUCGAUCCCGGUCAUGUCUCCCACCAUAUCGACUCUUUCUUCGACCCCUCUCUCCAAGCUCUCGCUCCUCCUUCUACACCUCCUCCCCUUCUCGCUCCUUGUUUCCCCGUCAACUUCGUCCUUCGACUCCUUCAUCUACGUCGGCUGCUCUCAGUACAAGCUCUCCCCCGGCUCACCUUACGAGACCAGCGUCGACUCCGUCCUCACCUCUUUCGUCAGCUCCUCCGCCUCCUCCUCCUACAACAACUUCACCGUCCCGGGCCCCACCCCCUCCGACACCGUCUACGGCCUCUACCAGUGCGGCGGGGACCUCGCCGUGGCCGACUGCUCCACCUGCGUGUCCCGUGCGGUAAGCCGAGUCGGGACCAUCUGUGCUGGCUCCUCUGGUGGCACGCUCCAGCUCGAGGGCUGCCUCGUGCGGUACGACAACUCGACGUUCCUCGGUGUGCAGGACAAGACCGUGCUGCUCAGGAGAUGCGGGCCUCUGGUUGGGGCUACUAAUUCUGAUGAGCUGACAAGGGGCGACGCCGUGCUUGGGUACAUAGGAGCUGGGGACGGGAGCUACAAGCCGUACAGGACCGGUAGCUCGGGGAGCGUCCGGGCGGUGGCACAGUGUGUGCAGGACCUGGGCGCCGGCGAUUGCCAGGACUGCUUGACGGAGGCAAUCGGACGGCUGAAGAGCGACUGCGGGACCGCGAAGUGGGGCGACGUAUACUUGGCCAAGUGCUAUGUGCAGUACUCGGACGGCGAUCACACCAGCAGCGGACACGGUGCAGCUGAUGAAGAGGUUGAGAAGACUGUGGUCAUCUUGAUCGGUGUCAUUGCUGGGGUCGCAGUCGUGAUUAUCUUCCUCUCUUUAACGGCAACGAUGUGCGAAAGAGCAAGAGGCAAAUAAUGGCCACAAAUUUGUGAACGUGACAUUAUCAGCUGGCUGAUUUGCAGCUUUUGGUUCCUUUUUUAAGUCUUUCAAAUUGCUACUCUCACUUUCGGUUCAUGCUUUAGACCUUUUCAUUUCCUCUCUCUCUCUCUCUCUUUCUGGCCUUGGGGACCGUCUCUUCCUAUUUUUCUCCUGUAAAAAGAAAUGUCAAAGUUUAGUUUAUGAAAGUAGGAAAAUAAUGCAUGGUCUUGUAAUCUCUAAAUUGUAUAAAUCAAGUUUAUCUGAGCCGUUGAUUA